ACCUGCUGUCUUGAUGCUCGUUUUACAGAGUACUCGGGAUUCCAUGUGUUUUUGCUGAACUUGUAAAGGAGACAACCUGGAUGGUGGAUUAACAAGAACACUGACCUGUGGGCAGCCUCAUAGCUGAGAACAUUGGAUUUUCACCCUAGUCCAGCAGCUCUGCUGCUCACAUAGAUACAGAUGAAUGAAGACCCCAUUCGGGAAGACACCUGGCCAGCGGUCCAGAGCUGAUGCAGGCCAUGCUGGAGUAUCUGCAAACAUGAUGAAGAGGAGGACAUCUCACAAAAAACAUCGGACCAGUGUGGGACCAAGCAAGCCUGUGUCCCAGCCCCGGCGGAACAUCGUAGGCUGCAGGAUCCAGCAUGGGUGGAGAGAGGGCAACGGCCCUGUCACCCAGUGGAAGGGGACUGUCCUGGACCAGGUGCCUGUGAAUCCUUCCCUGUAUCUUAUAAAGUACGAUGGAUUUGACUGUGUUUAUGGACUAGAACUUAAUAAGGAUGAAAGAGUUUCUGCACUGGAAGUCCUCCCAGAUAGAGUCGCAACAUCUCGGAUCAGCGAUGCACACUUAGCGGACACAAUGAUUGGCAAAGCAGUGGAGCACAUGUUUGAAACAGAGGAUGGCUCUAAAGAUGAGUGGAGGGGAAUGGUCUUGGCUCGGGCACCUGUCAUGAACACAUGGUUUUACAUCACCUAUGAGAAAGACCCUGUCUUGUACAUGUACCAGCUCCUAGAUGACUACAAAGAAGGCGACCUCCGCAUCAUGCCCGAUUCCAAUGAUUCGCCUCCAGCAGAAAGGGAGCCAGGAGAAGUUGUGGACAGCCUGGUAGGCAAGCAAAAAUCCAGCAUGCUAGGGUCUGCCAUCUUCCAAGAUGGAGGCACCCCGGUGAGCUCCCGAUUUAAAGCACGGACACUCCGGAACCGUUGCUGA